AUGCGCGAUAUUACUCCAAAUGAGACCCCUCAAAACGGUCAAACGAUGAUUGCCGUUUACGCAACGGGCGGAAAUGCAGAGGAUCCGUUAUCUGUGCUUAAAAUCGGCCCUCUCCCUCAGCCUGCUGUACCCGACGGCUGGGCUCGAGUGAAAAUGUCAGCGGUAGCACUCAAUUUCUUCAAUAUUUUCGCCUUAUCUGGUUACUUCAGCGAGGCCGCCGAAUAUCCUCGCAUUCUUGGAUGUGAAGGCACCGGCUACCUCGAUGAUGGAACGCCGGUGGUCAUGUACCCUGUCUUGGGCGACGAGCAGUACUUUGGCGACGAGACGCUCGACCCCAAUAAGCAUGUCAUUUCACAGAAGAUAAAUGGAGCUUUGGCAGAGUACUUUGUUGUACCCCGACGAAAUAUCCUGCCCCGCCCGGCCGAGUUGGAUGAAGUUGCUGCCGCAGUGCUUGGGGGUUCGUGGUUGACGGCGUACCGCGUCAUCUUUACCAAGUCCGGGGUGAAACCCGGCCAGAUUAUGCUUGUCCAAGGAUCAUCAGGUGGGCUAGCGACCGCUCUGAUUCAGCUUGGUACAGCUGCUGGCAUACGGAUCUGGGUUACUGGACGAACUGAGGAAAAGCGGAAACUAGGCCUUGAGUUAGGGGCAGAGCGGGCUUUCGUCCCAGGCGAGGCUCUGCCUUCCGAGGUUGCCUCUGUAGUUGAUAUCUCCGGCGGAGCUACAUGGGAUCACUCGAUCGAAUCUGUGAGACCGGGAGGAUCGAUCAUUGCUUGUGGUGCCCAUGGUGGUCUCAAAGUCACGAUGGACCUUGGUCAGAUCCUGGGUAAGCAGAUCAGUGUUCACAGUGUCUAUUUGGGGACUCUGCAGGAGUUCAAAGACUUGAUGCAAUUUGUGAUCGCCAAGAAGAUCGUGCCUAAAGUCGGUCAGAUUGUACCCGUCUCGAAUGCUUGCGAGGCUUUUCAGGCUAUGUGGGAAGGCCGUACAAAUGGCAAGUCAGUUGUCACAUUUGGAUAG